GGGCGGCCGCGCCGCGGAUUGGCUGGGGCGGGGGGCCCCCCGGCGCUGGGUGCCGCGUGGCGGGCGCGCAGCUGCGGACAGGGGGAGACUCGCACCGAGUAACUGGCUGCUCCUGCGGAGACGGUGCCAGCUGUGAGGGCAGUGGGCGCAGGCCUCCAGACACCAUGAGCGUGGGCUUCAUCGGGGCUGGCCAGCUGGCCUUUGCCCUGGCCAAGGGCUUCACAGCAGCCGGUGUCCUGGCUGCCCACAAGAUAAUGGCCAGCUCCCCAGACAUGGACCUGGCCACUGUUUCUGCCCUCAGGAAGAUGGGGGUGAACCUGACGCCCCACAACAAGGAGACCGUGCAGCACAGUGAUGUGCUCUUCCUGGCGGUGAAACCACACAUUAUCCCUUUCAUCCUGGAUGAGAUUGCCGCCGACAUUGAGGAUCGGCACAUCGUGGUGUCCUGUGCAGCUGGCGUUACCAUCAGUUCCAUCGAGAAGAAGCUGACAGCGUUCCAGCCGGCCCCCAAAGUCAUCCGCUGCAUGACCAACACGCCGGUCGUAGUGCGGGAAGGAGCCACUGUGUAUGCCACGGGCACCCACGCCCAGGUGGAGGAUGGCAGGCUCCUGGAGCAGCUCAUGAGCAGUGUGGGCUUUUGCACGGAGGUGGAGGAGGACCUGAUUGAUGCUGUCACGGGACUCAGCGGCAGCGGCCCAGCUUAUGCAUUCACAGCCCUGGAUGCACUGGCUGAUGGGGGUGUGAAGAUGGGGCUUCCAAGGCGCCUGGCAGUCCGCCUCGGGGCCCAGGCUUUGCUGGGGGCCGCCAAGAUGCUACUGGACUCCGAACAGCACCCAGGCCAGCUCAAGGACAACGUCUGCUCUCCCGGUGGGGCCACCAUCCACGCCUUGCACGUGCUGGAAAGCGGGGGCUUUCGCUCCCUGCUCAUCAAUGCCGUGGAGGCCUCUUGCAUCCGCACACGAGAGCUGCAGUCCGUGGCCGACCGGGAGAAGGUCUCACCAGCUGCCAUCAAGAAGACCAUCCUGGACAAGGUGAAGCUGGACUCCCCUCCCGGCACCUUACUGGCCCCUUCUGGCCACUCCAAGCUGCUGCCCCGCAGCAUGGCCCCGGUAGGCAAGAAGGACUGAGGUGUCCAACCUGCCCGCAGGCCACUCUCUGCCUUUUCCUCCUGGGCUCGGAGCUCUGUGCUGGGAGUGUCUAGCCCCAGGCCUCACAGGAUGUCCUCACAUCCCCCGUGGCUCUGAUCCACUUGGGUCAGUGGAGCUGUAGCCAGGGAGGGGGCACAUCACUUCCCAGUGGGAACCUCCAUGGUCCCCAAGUGUGUCCUGGUCCAGAACAAGGAAGGAUUCUCUGACCUAAGCCUCCCCCUUCCUCUGCCCCCAAACCAGGUCAGGACCACCUUCCUCCAGGGCUUGGGGGGCUUCAGCACCCAGUGUCAGCUGGCUUGGGCUUGAGUACAAAGGUCAAGGUCCCCCCCGACCCACCCCACCCCAACCAUGAAGGCCCAGCCAAGGAGAGAGCUUGAUCCCACUCCUGCCCUUUCUCCACUCUGCACUCCUUCCUCAGUGUGGGAAGGGCCAGAGGGUCCCUGGAAUCCAGCAAAAGGGCCCAUGGUUCUUGGCCAGCGUGACAUUUGAGAAAAGGGCUCCUCAGAUGGUUGAACGCCCGAGGCCCCAAUACACUCAGGCCAUCAUCUCCCAUUCCUGGUCCAACCAACAGAUGCUGUCAUUUCUGUCUCUGACUUUUCAGGUUAAAUAAAUUCGUUUUCAGCCCCA